GCCGCGCGCACCCUAACCCUUUGUCGAUGACGUCUGAUACUGGAGUUCAUGACGACUCCCGGAUCGUUGAUGAGCUUGAACGCUCUCGUUAGGAUCAUCACUUUCCUCAGCAACUCCUCGCUAAUAGAACACGUCAGAUCCCGAGAUACGACAUGUCCCGUCGCACGACAGACCCCGUCCGGCCGCAUCCGAGGCUAGGAUGGGGCACAAUAGUGAUAUAUGGCGCCAGUGCUGGUGUUGUUGGCGUGGUUGCAAUGACCGCUGCCGAGAAGGUCGAGCAGCUCUUCACCGGAAGAGCAAACUCAGAAGUGCCCGGAAAGACUCUCGCCAGGCUUAUCAAUGCUGACCCACAGACGAAAGAGGAACUAUGGGGCUUAAACAUGGCCAUGCACUAUGGGCAAGGGGCAACAGCAGCGGUGCUUCGAGGGGUCGCGAGCUACCAUGGCCUUCGUGGGCCGUUCACCGACUUCAUGUUCGUCGGGGUUCGCUUGAUGAUCGACCAAACGUUGGAGAACUGGACCGGGGUCGGGGCACCUCCUUGGACGUGGCCUGUCGGGGAGCAGGUGGUAGACCUGCUCCACAAAGCUGUCUUUGCGUUUGUGACGGGCUAUCUGACGGACCGUUGGAUACAGUAGCGGUUGUGUGGUACCGAGGUAGGAAUCGAGGUCACGGAUCUAUUGAUCGAAGAGCCGGGUGGUGAUCAGUCUUUGUGCGUAGCAAGCAGAGUUUGUCUACCGGUCUUAGGGAUCAAAUCUUUAUAUACGAGUGGUUUGGAGGUAACACGAACAGGGUGGAUCCGCAAGAAGCACUUCGUUGAUUCAGGGUGCUCCGACUUCAUGAUAUAGACUAACUUCGUUAUUUGAGACCUCUUCGAC